AUGGACCUGCAGCAGGCUGUCCUCCUCCUUCUGCUCCUAAUGAUGGGUAGAAAUGGGCUGUGUGAACCAGAGGAAGUGUGCUUGAAGUCGGGGAUCGAGUCCUGUAGUGACUGCAUCCGGUCUGGGCCGCACUGUGCCUGGUGCCAACAGCUGAGCUUCUCCAAGCGCGGUGAGCAGGAGGCCGUGCGCUGUGACACCCGAGCUCAGCUCCGACAGAGAGGCUGCCAGGAGGAGGAAAUCCUCUACCCUGAGAACACUUUGAACAUUACCAUGAACAAGUCUCUGUCCACCUCCUUCAGCCAGCAGGACCCGGUCCAGAUAAGCCCACAGAAGGUCCACCUGCACUUGAGACCUGGGCUACCGACCACCUUCACGGUUUCUUUUAAGAGAGCUGAGGGCUAUCCAGUGGAUCUGUACUAUCUGAUGGAUCUGUCCUAUUCCAUGAAAGAUGAUCUGGAAAAGGUCAAAAACCUUGGCACUGAUCUUUUUAAAGCCCUGGAGAAAAUCACAGCUUAUGCCCAAAUAGGGUUCGGCGCCUUUGUUGACAAAACAGUCCUCCCCUACACCAACACCAACAAAGACAAGCUGCAGAAGCCGUGUGACGAGGGGGAGCAGUUCUGCCAGGCGGCCUUCGGCUACAGACACGUGCUCAGCAUGACGUCCGACAGGGAGGAGUUCAGAAAAAUAGUGGGAAAACAGUAUAUUUCUGGAAACCUGGAUUCACCUGAGGGGAGUCUGGACGCCAUGAUGCAAGCUGCCAUCUGCGGGAUGGAGGUGGGCUGGAGGAACAACAGCACUCGUUUGCUUGUGCUGGCCACUGACGCUGGAUUCCACAUGGCUGGGGACGGGAAACUGGCUGGUAUUCUGGAGCCCAAUGAUGAACAAUGCCACAUGAAAAACAAUCUUUACAUCCAGAGCAGCGACAUGGACUACCCGUCUGUGGGACAACUGGCUAUUCAGCUGGAGAAGAACAAUAUUCAGCCCAUUUUCGCAGUGACGCAAAACGUGCAGACGGUGUACAAGGAACUCUCUAAAAUGAUUCCCAAAUCAGAGGUGGGAGUUCUGUCAGAGGACUCCAGAAACGUUGUCCAGCUGAUAGAAAACGCCUACAAUAGGCUGUCAUCUAAAGUCACCGUGACCCACGACAACCUCCCCGAGGAUGUGAGAGUGGAGUACACCCCACUGUGUAAGAAUGGAGAACCCCCCAGCACCAGCAGAGGGGUGUGCAACGAAGUGCUUGUGGGAGAAGAGAUCUAUUUCAACAUCACGGUGACGGCCAGCUCCUGUGUGGGGGAGGAGGCUUUCACCAUUAAACUCCCGGGCAUUCGGGACACGCUGGCCGUGUCCUUAUCCACCGACUGUGAAUGCCACUGCCAGGACCUGGACCCAGAUCUGGCCUUUGAACCAGGCCAAGACCUGGACCCAGACCUGGCCUCUGAACCAGACCUGGACCUGGACCCAGACCUGGCCUCUGAACCAGACCUGGCUCUGGGGCUCUGA